UUUACCUUUUUAGAAAUGGCCUUUGACAUCGUUCGCCAUUCACCACCCACAUCUAACAUUGAAAACAGACGUUCUGAUUUGAGAUUUCAACCCCUCCAAUCGCCAUUUUCAAGACCUUUAGAUCUGAUCUAUCCUCAUUCAUAUUCUUCGAAUUCCACCUGCCUAUUCUUGCUCAUUUCUUCCAUUCUUUCCUCAGAUUCUUCUUCUCAGGUCAGCUGUUUCGUGAUUGUGAUGGAGAGCAUAAAUGGUUCUAUCAUAGUAGAGAAAAGGAGAUGACUGGGAAUUCUUUGGGUACAGAAAAUCAUAAACACGCGAGGGUUGAUUCUAUUAAGACUGGAAGUCAAGAAGUCGGUGAUUUACAUAGAGAGCCAUUUUUUCCCUAGAUGGUGUGACAUAGAGGUACUGUUUCAGUGGAUACUCCAUUAAUCUAUGCAGAUUCAAGUGCUCAACACACUGGUUUCAAAUUGUCUUCACUUAAACUGGGUCAGAUAUUAUAAACUGGCAUUUUGAGGAGGAAAUAAACCACUAUAUAAAGUGACAGCAGACAAGUAUGCAGUCUAAUGAUGGGGAGACUGACACCCAUUUUCCCAUUCACGUUGAUCGAAUUGGAAGUGAGAAAUACGAACCUUUAAGUAUUGAGAAUAAACUUGGGAGGAAUUUUAAUGGCGAUGACUGUGAACCCUUUCACAGUGUUAAUUAUAAUUCACUGCAGCUAGAUGCAAAGAAUCCUCUAUCCACUGCCAAUGUGCUGAAGACAUUAUUCUUUGUUCUUGUCUGGUAUACUUUCAGCCUUCUUUUGACCUUAUAUAACAAAUCUUUAUUAGGAGAUCAUUUGGGUAGGUUUCCGGCUCCAUUGCUCAUGAAUACUGUUCAUUUUACCAUGCAAGCUGUUCUAUCCAAUUUGAUCACAUGGAUUUGGUCUAGUCGAUUCCAAUCUUGUGUUACUAUGACAUGGAGGGAUUACUUCACGAAAGUUGUCCCAACGGCUCUUGGAACAGCCUUGGAUGUUAAUCUAAGCAAUGCUUCCCUUGUCUCAAUAUCAGUCACAUUUGCUACCAUGUGUAAAUCCGGUUCUCCUAUAUUUCUUCUCCUGUUUGCUUUUGCAUUCAGGUUGGAAGCUCCUAGCUAUAGACUUGCUGGCAUCAUCUUGAUUAUAUCUGUUGGAAUCUUAUUAACAGUUGCAAAGGAGACAGAGUUUGAAUUCUGGGGUUUUAUUUUUGUUAUGCUUGCUUCUGUUAUGUCUGGCUUCAGGUGGUCCAUGACGCAAAUUCUUCUGCAGCGAGAAGCAUAUGGUUUGAAAAAUCCUUUUACCCUGAUGAGCUACGUGACACCAGUGAUGGCUGUUGUGACUUUGAUGCUAUCCCUUGGUUUAGAUCCGUGGAAAGAAUUUACCAGUAAUGGGUAUUUCAAUAGUAUCUGGCAUGUUACUCGGAGUAGCUUGCUGAUGCUUUUUGGUGGAGCACUUGCCUUCUGUAUGGUAUUAACAGAAUAUAUCCUUGUCUCCGUAACUAGUGCUGUCACAGUUACGGUUGCUGGUGUUGUAAAGGAGGCUGUAACUAUACUGGUUGCAGUCUUUUACUUCCACGAUAGCUUUACCUGGCUAAAAGGUUUUGGUCUCAUCAUAAUUAUGGUUGGGGUCAGUUUGUUCAAUUGGUACAAAUACAAAAAGCUACAGAAGAAAUCUAGUGAAGAUAAACUGGUAGACUCACAGUCAACAAAUGUUGCUAGCAAAUAUGUAAUUCUUGAGGAGACUGACGAGGAAGACAGCCAACGUUGAUUGCCAAAUUAGAUUGUUUGAAUCCUAAUCAAUUCCAGGCCAUGGUAAUUUUGAACAGAUUCAAGUAUGUAUCAUGACAGCAUCUUUCACUUUGGAUUUAGCCAAAAAAAGAAAAAAAUUGUAAUCAAUUUUGUAGUGAAUGCAGACAAAUCUAUUGGUCCUAUUAUUUUUGCGGUCUCAAACAACUACUGCCUUUUGAGUGGACCCUCUACUCAAGCUUUGUAUUCUAAAGUAUGUAUGUUAUUCUAUUUUUACAACAUUCAUGAUUUGGAUCUCAA